UUGUUGCAUUUUACAUUGCCAACUACCAUCGAUAUACACAUUUAUUUUUUGUAAAAGUAGCCAUCAGAAGUUUCUUCAUUCAUAUUUUGAUGGAUCCAAUUGUUUUUCUUCUUCUUUUCACUUUUCUGCCACUUGUGCUUAUUGCUCAAUCUUCGACGACUCUGUCCCAAUCCCAGAUAAGUAUAGUAGGAGUUGUUUACUGUGAUACAUGCUCAACCACCACUUUCUCUAAAGAAAGCUACUUCUUGGCAGGUGUUGAGGUUCACAUAGAUUGCAGAUUUAGAGAAACCUCGCCGAGAACGAGCGAGCAGAUAAGCUUAUCGGUGAACAGAACCACAAACCAAGAUGGAGUUUACAAGCUAGAUAUACCAAUAUCAUCGGUUGAGGAUUCAUCAGGAUCAGUUAAUUGCAUGGAAGCAGGUUCAACAAUUUGCCAAGCAAGUUUGAUAGGGAUCAGCAACUCAUAUUCCAGUUGCAAUGUUCCAUUUCUAAAGAGUACAACACAUCAAGUGUCAACGAAGGAUCAUAAUAAUCAAUGUGUUUACACCUUGAGUGGUCUGAGUUACAAGCCACCUCAAAAGAACACUAGCUUAUGUAAUUAAGGGAGCGUGCCUUCCUCAUCGGUUGAUCAAGACAUGUCCCUCUUGACAAUGUAAUUAACUUGAUGUUCAGUUUUCCUUAGUUAAAAUAUAAUAGGUGUUUGCUAUGGUACCUUAACCCAAAUCAAGGUAUGGUACUCAAAAUGAGAUAAUUCAAUAAUAAAGAAGCAUGUACAAGUUAUAAUUUUGAUGUUAUUUUAUCAUAGUGAUGCAACAUUUCAUUCAUA